ACAGACGCGAGAGGACAGUUGUGUACUUAAAAAGUGACCGUUGUUUCAAAAGUAUUAGUUCCAGCUCAAACUCUAAAGUGUGUGUCGCUUCAGACGCCAUUGUUUACUACUACUCCCAGGAAGUUAAUAGCUAGUCAAUGGCGGUUACUUCUUCGGGAGACACCGCCCUUAGUGUUUUGGAAGAGAAUUGCAAGUCACGUGCCAGCCCCCACGGAAGAGCUGUAAACAAAUCAAGAUGCCGUGAGAGAGGUGCAUUACAUACAUAUAAAUACAUGUUUUACACUAAUAUACUAUAGGUUAUAUACUCGGCGGGACCGGCUGGAGGAGGAGCCUCCUGACUUGUUGUGGCUUCUGUCGGGUCCUUCCUCAAUCGUCGGCUGCAGACACUUAAAUUGGACAUAGUCAACAACACGGAUGAGGAAACAUGUUCUGGCUUCUGAACAGUACGUCCGCCGGUGUAUGGUAAUAUCGUAAUCUUGGUGAAAUACCGCUGACACAGCGAGCCUGAGAUGAACUGAAGACAACGGCAACACUUUCACCCUAAAACGUCGUCAGGUGAUGAGAAUUGGCAGGGCCCAACUGAGUGUUUGAGAUAUCAUGGAGGAUGAUUACAAGCAUCUGCUCAGCUCAGAGCAAACUGGAGAGAGCUUCUCGCACAGAGGCUCAACAGACUCACUGGACAACAGGGCUAAAAGGCCUUUCCAUGUGGAGCCCAAAAAUAUUGUAGAUGAUGAUAAGCCAGAGCGGGUGUCAGCUGAGGCUGCUAUCCUCAACAGUAGAGUGCAUUACUACAGCAAACUAACUGGCUCUUCUGACAGGCUGCUGAGUCCACCUAACCAUGUUAUCCCCCGGGCAGAGGAGAUUUAUAUCUACAGCCCUCUGGGGUCAGCUUUUAAGGUGACUGGUAGUGACCAAUUGUCUAAAAACCCCAGUAUCAUCACCAUAUUUGCAAUAUGGAACACAAUGAUGGGCACAUCCAUACUCAGCAUACCUUGGGGUAUAAAGCAGGCUGGUUUCACCCUGGGGAUCCUCAUUCUUAUCUUCACUGGUUUGCUUAUGCUCUACUGUUGUUACAUUGUGUUAAAAUCACCAAAGGCAAUCCCUUAUUUGGACACAUCCGACUGGGAGUUUCCUGAUGUUUGUAGAUACUACUUUGGAAAGUUUGGCCAGUGGUCUAGUUUGGUCUUCUCAAUGGUGUCUCUUAUUGGAGCCAUGGUGGUUUAUUGGGUCCUCAUGUCCAACUUCCUGUACAACACCGGACAGUUUAUUUACAACUAUGCUCAUCAUGUUAACAUGUCAUAUCCCGAGUUUGGAACCAAUGACACAGAUAGAGUAAUUUGCCCAUACCCAAACACUGACUCUGGAGGGAACAAGAGUAUCAGCAGUAUUUACCCCUGUAGCAUUGGAAAUGAUACAACUGAUGUUCACUCUUUUGAACACUGGUGGAGCAAAACCAGUACCAUACCGCUCUAUCUCAUCGUUUUACUGCUGCCGCUACUUUGUUUCCGAUCAGCCUCCUUCUUUGCAAGGUUCACGUUCUUGGGCACCAUAUCAGUCAUCUACCUGAUUGUUCUGGUCACCAUCAAAGCUGCCCGCCUUGGCUUUCAUCUAGAGUUCCACUGGUUUGACACAACCAAGUAUUAUGUUCCAGAGUUCCGGCUGCUCUUCCCUCAGUUCACGGGGGUCCUCACGCUGGCGUUCUUCAUUCACAACUGUGUCAUCACACUAAUGAAGAGCAACAAGCACCAAGAGAACAAUGUUCGGGACCUGUCUGUGGCUUAUCUCCUGGUAGGGCUGACCUAUCUUUAUGUGGGAGUGUUGAUCUUCGCUGCCUUUCCUGCGCCUCCCCUAACCAAAGACUGCCUUGAACCGAACUUCUUGGAUAAUUUCCCCAGCGAUGAUGUGAUGGUUUUUGUGGCUCGGACAUUCCUGUUGUUCCAAAUGAUCACAGUCUAUCCCUUGCUGGGCUACUUGGUGCGAGUUCAGAUGAUGGGCCAGAUCUUUGGCAAUCAUUACCCCAGUUUCUUCCACGUCCUCGCCCUGAACAUAUUAAUUGUUGGAGCUGGUGUCCUGAUGGCAAGGUUUUAUCCCAAUAUUGGAUCCAUUAUUCGGUUUUCUGGAGCAACGUGCGGCUUGGCUCUGGUGUUUGUCUUCCCCUCACUGGUCCACAUGAUCUCCCAGAGACGACAGGGCACCCUUCGCUGGCCGUCUGCUGUUUUCCACAGUUGUCUGAUCCUGUUGGGUUUGGCCAACCUGGUGGCUCAGUUUUUCAUGUAGAGUCUUGAGAUUUCUGAUCGAUGGUGGACAACAAAAAAAUACUAUAAUUCAUGGUGUGCUAUCAUACCAUUGAUGUUGUUUACAGCCGCCUAUAAAAUAAAUGACAUCAUCCACCAGGAAUCCAAUGACUUAAUUCUGUUAUCUCCUGCUGUGUUUCUGCCUAGCAGCCAGCAAGAUUCUGGUGAUAAAAUGUUGCUUGGUGGUAACUUAAGACGUGUGAUAAUUCUUGCCCAGACUAGACUUAGGGACUCGGACUUGGUAUUUUAUGUUUUAACUUUUUGUCUCACGACAUAGGGAAUAUCAGCUUUAAGGGAAGUGUAUUUCAACAGUUAAUGUAUUUCCAUAAAAUCAAUGUGUUGCAUGUGUGGCUUCAUAGUUGUAUUUUAUGAUCUUUAUCGAGGUUUCUCUCACUGAUUACAGGGAAUUAUUUUUACUAAUUUGGCUACUUGGGGAAAGUCAUUUUUGCACAAACUGUCACAAUCUUUUAAUUUCAGAAACCAUGUUGAUUUGCAUUGGAUUUAUUAUUUAAACUAAUGUUUAAUGUUGGUAUUUUUCAUUCUGUACUCUUGAAAUUCAUGAAGGGAAAAACGGAACGGAAUUGAAAAUAAAUCCUAUCACAUUAGAA